AUGUCUCCAGGUACUACAUCCACAAACGGCAUUGGAAUUGCCAACUUGCCAAAUCAGAGACAUAAAAUUGUUGCUAAGCGUGGAACUAAUUUUACUUUAAUGGUAGUUGGUGAAUCUGGUCUUGGGAAGACAACUUUUAUCAACACUCUUUUUACCACCACCAUCAAAGAAAAAAAGAACCAAACUAGGCGACAUGCCAAACAAACAGACAAAACUGUUGAAAUUGAAAUAACCAAGGCUGAACUCGAAGAAAAAAUGUUCAAUGUUAAGCUUACAGUUAUCGACACACCUGGCUUUGGAGAUUAUGUAAAUAACCGCGAUAGUUGGUUGCCUAUUGUUGAAUUCAUCGAUGACCAACAUGAAUCAUAUAUGCGUCAAGAACAACAACCACAUCGUAAAGAAAAAUUAGAUAUGCGUGUUCAUGCCUGUCUUUAUUUCAUUCGCCCAACUGGCCACACGUUGAAACCUUUGGAUAUUGAAAUUAUGAAACGCUUGGGUUCGCGUGUCAAUUUAAUUCCAGUCAUUGCCAAAGCUGAUACAUUGACACCUAAAGAUUUAGAAACAUUUAAGAGAAGAGUAAGGGAAGUAAUCGCCGCUCAAAACAUUCAAGUUUAUCAAUGUCCAAUUGAGAGUGACGAUGAGACCAGCACCAAACGUAAUAUGAACAUUAUGGCAGCUAUGCCAUUCGCAAUUAUUGGGAGUGACGAAGAUGUAAUUACUUCUAACGGCAAUAAAGUAAAAGGAAGGCAAUACAGUUGGGGUAUUGCCGAAGUAGAAAAUGAAGAUCAUUAUUUGGUGUCUACUACUGAAGAAAAACAUUAUGAAAAUUAUCGUCAAGCACAAAUGGAAACUAGGAAAUUUGGAGAACCAAAACAGAAAAAACUUGAUAAUCCAAAAUUCAAAGAAGAAGAAGAAACUCUUCGUAAAAGAUUUACUGAACAAGUUAAACAGGAAGAAAAUCGAUUCCGACAAUGGGAGCAACAUCUCAUUGCUGAACGUGAUCGUCUUAAUAAGGAUUUAGAAGCCGAACAUUCUCAUAUCAAAAAUUUGGAAUCUGAAUUAGAACAAAUUCAAGCUGCAAUGUCAAGUAAAGGUGGCCGAAAAUAA